AUGCCAUGGCAGAAGCAGAGCGGCAACACUAGCACUGUGGAGAGCGCUGCUGAGCAGUCUCCGUGCCUAUUCCUCGUGCUCUUUCUCUCGCUGCCUGUUUUUGACUCCUCAUUUUACCUUUCUGUCUCUCCAUGCACAUGUGCCGAACCAUUGCAGAAACUGAGUGGCAACACGAGUGCUGUGGAGAGCACGCUACUGAGCAGAACAGAGGACCAGGCCAUCUCGGGCGUGCUCAGUGGAUCUGUGAAGCUAUGGGACCUCAACGAGGGCAAAGGCGUGCUCAGCGGCUCUGUGAAGCUGUGGGACCUCAACGAGGGCAAAGGUGAGGCACGCACUGUGAAGCUCAGCGUUUCAGUGAAGGUAGCAAGAGGUGAUAGUACUGCUGAGCAGAUCGGAGGGCCAGGCGAUCUCGGGAGUGCUCAGCGGCUCUGUGAAGCUGUGGGACCUCAACGAGGGCAAAGGUCGGAGAACCAGGCCAUCUCAGGCGUGCUCAGCAGCUCUGUGAAGCUGUGGGACCUCAACGAGGGCAAAGGUGAUUCACGCACUGUGAAGCUCAGCGUUUCAGUGAAGGUAGCAAGAGGUGAUAGUACUGCUGAGCAGAUCGGAGGGCCAGGCGAUCUCGGGAGUGCUCAGCGGCUCGGUGAAGCUGUGGGACCUCAACGAGGGCAAAGAUCAGAGGACCAGGCGAUCUCGGGCGUGCUCAGCGGCUCUCUGAAGCUGUGGGAGCUCAACGAGGGCACAGUCCAGAGGGGUUCAGCCCUUGCGCUGGAUUUCCACCUUUUUGAGCCAUUCGUUGCAUCGGGCUCGCUGGACUUUACUGCCCGCGUGUGGGACCCGAGGCAGAAGGAGGCAGUGCACGUGCUGGCGAGCCCCUUACCUCCUCCCUCCCCCUACCUCCACCCAACCUCCACCAGCUGUGCUGUGCGCACCCUGAUGGGCCACAGGGGUUCCGCCCUAUCGCUGGACUUCCAUCCGUUUGAGCCUUUCUUUGCAUCGGCCAUGCGCACCCUGACGGGCCACAGGGGUUCGGCCCUCUCGCUGGACUUCCACCCCUUUGAGCCGUUCUUUGCUUCGGGCUCGCUGGACUCCACUGCCCGCGUGUGGGACCCGAGGCAGAAGGAGGCAGUGCACAUGCUGAAGAACCCCUUACCUCCUCCCUCCCCCUACCCCCACCCAACCUCCACUAGCUGUGCGCACCCUGACAGGUCACAGGGGUUCGGCCCUCUCGCUGGACUUCCACCCCUUCGAGCCGUUCUUCGCAUCUGGCUCGCUGGAUUCCACUGCCCGCGUGUGGGACCCGAGGCAGAAGGAGGCAGUGCAUACUCUGAAGACGCAGGGCAAGGGCGUGGCGUGUGUGCGGUUCAGCCCGGAUGGGCAGUGGCUGAUGACAGGCGGGCAGGACUCGGUGAUCAAGCUAUGGGACGUGCAGGCGGGCAAGGUGCUGCAUGA